AAACAAAUUAUAAGGGUGAAAUUGUGAGAGAAGAAAACAUGGAGAGUUUUUGGUGAAGAUGACACAAAAGUUCUGAUUUUUGGUUUCUUUCAUCUGGCAAGCUCAUGAGUUAAAACAGACCCAGGAAUCUGAAGCUAUUCAUCUGUGAUUCUCUCUGGUUUACUCGGGAAAAUUUUGGUUUUUUAUUGGCGAGAAAAGAGGGAGCUUUUAUGUCUCAAACUUGUGUUUUGUGUAGUGAAGUUUCCUCCUUGCUAAUCUGGGGUAAGUUUCUGAAGAGUUCAAUUCUUUUUAGCCACAGAUCUUGAGGUCAGCGAAAGUUUUAUUUAUAGAGAAAUAUAUAAGAUGGAGAAAGAAGGGAAGAAUCAAGGAGGGAAUAGAGCAGAGGUAGAUUUUCUAUUGCAGUGGGGAGACAGGAAAAGGGUUAGAUGCAUGAAAGUGAAGAAAGACCAAAACUUUGGUAAGAAGUCAGUGGACAGUUUGGCUAAGAAGAAAAUCGGCUCUCGUGUUUCCUUUUUUGAGAAGAAAUCUCCCUCUUCACAGGCCAAUCGUCCAAAUAGGAAUUCAGAUUUACCAAUGAACAAUAGAAAACCAUCUGUGGCUUCUCCUGAGAAGGAAGAGAGGUACUACACAACCAGGGGUUCUUCUGGUUUGGAUGAUAAUGAAAAGGUUUUGCUGGAUAGUCUAAAGGAAAAUAAAGCCUUCGUUUGGCCAAAGCUCUUUACCACAUUAUCUAGCAAAGAAAAGGAAGAGGAUUUUAUGGCUAUGAAAGGGUGUAAGCUCCCUCAAAGACCUAAAAAAAGAGCCAAGUUGAUCCAAAGAAGCUUACUUUUGGUGAGUCCAGGGGCAUGGUUAUCUGACCUCUGUCAAGAGAGAUAUGAAGUAAGGGAGAAGAAAACUUCAAAGAAGAGGCCUAGAGGAUUGAAAGCUAUGGGGAGCAUGGAAAGUGAUACAGACUGAAAGAACAGGAAAUUUUGCUAGCUAGAAAAGACAGCAAGAGACAUAGAAUCUUUUUCUAUUUUGAGGGAAUAUGGAGCUGUAUCUUGUUUGUCUUUGUAGAAAAUGGCAAUGACACUUGAAAAUCUGGGAAAUAAAAAUCUCUUGUAACAA